AUGCCGAGAACUUUACUCCUCUGCUUCAUCCACGGCUUCAAGGGGAACGACAAUACGUUCCAAAAAUUCCCAGAGGACCUAAAAGCUGCCGUGUCCAAGUCCCUCCCCGAGGGCGAUGAUGUUCAGGCCGUCGUCUACCCCAAGUACGAGACCAAAGGCGAACUGGCACAGUGCGCAGAGGCAUUUCUAGAAUGGCUCAAGGAGCGCGUCGUUGAGUUGCGCAAGGAGCGCAGCGAGAAGCCAUGGCCGCCUGGUGAUCGCGACGUCGGUGUUGUAUUAGUUUCUCAUUCCAUGGGAGGUUUUGUAGCUUCCGACGCCCUGUUCCUAGUUCUGGACGAAUGGCGCAACGCCGAAACUACAGCUGGCGAAGGCGAAACCAUUGCCAGCAAACCCCCACUCUUCCCACUAAUCCAAGGCAUCCUCGCCUUUGACACACCGUACAACGGCCUCGCCCGCUCAAUGUUUGUCUAUGGCGCCUUUAGCAACUACAACAAGGUCUCGUCCGUCUUCAACGUCAUGACGGCCCUUGCCGCCGCGCCCGCCGGCCUCUCCAAGCUGGCCAUGCAGCGUGCCACCAAGGCCGCCACCUCCAUCUCGCGGACCGGAACCGCCCGCGCCGUGCGCCGCUCAACCGUCGGCUGGAAGGCCUGGCAGCUGAUGGCCGUGCGGACGGGGACGGUCGGUGCCAUCGCCGCCGGCGGCGUCGCGGCCUACGUGCACAGGAAGGAGAUCGCCGCUGGGUUCAAGAGCGUGCGCGAACUGGACCGCAGCACCAUCGCCGAGUCUUACCAGCGCGGCGUCACCACCCUCGGCCAGGGGCUCGCCUACAUCAACCGCGGGAACGUCGGCCGCUCGUACCAGUGGCUGGCCGAGCACUUUACCUUUGUCGGUGCCCUUCUCAAGCCUCGCGAGCUGGAGCGGCGGCUGGCGCGUCUAGCAGCGCUCAAGGGAGUUGGCGUUCGCGACGUUUACGCCAGCCUCGGGGAGAACGGCUAUUGGAGCGGCGGGUACUUUGUGCCGGAGCGGACAUUUUGCGCUGUACCCGGUCAGGAGGCGACAGAGGCUCACGUGUUUGGACGGCGGGUCGUCGAGAGCGCGGUGGACGAGGUGGACGCUCACAUGACCAUGUUCCAGCCGGAGAAGAACAAGGGCUACGACGACAUGACGGAGGAGGCGGCCAGGACAGUGCUGGGCUGGUUUACCAGCGAGGAGGAGCUUUUUGACGACCCCAAGUUUGCCCAGGUCGAGCCUGCCGAGGCAGAGGAGAGCAAGGAGGAGGAUAAGAUCACCGCUACGGACGAGGGUAUCGCCGUCGGGGAUGACAUUGAAGCCGUCGCUGCCGCUACGGAAAAGGUCGCUGACGAGUCCUCGGAGGCCACCCGUGGCGAGAAGCGCAAGGCAGAAGGCGAGCCCGACAGCGGCUCGGACGAUGGCGGGCUUCCGGACGAGUCCCCGAUCGACAUCGCGGCAGCUGCGUCGCUUGUACCUCUUCCCGAUGAUCGAAGCAGCACCGAGGAUGGCCAGGCCGAGAUGCCCAACGAAAAAGAACGACAGACAUACCUUCGGCAUCUGUUCGGAGUGGCCGAGCAGGCUGGGACGGGACUCAAGUCGUACUACAACACGGCCUGGUCUGCCAAGCUGCCGACGAUGCCUGCGAUGCCCUCGAUGGAGAAAAUUCCAAACCUGCCUUCCAUCCCGUCAAUGCCUAGGCCUGGGUUUGGACUCUUUACGAGGAAGCAGUCGGAUCCGAAGGACGGUGUUGAUAAUGCCGUCAAAGAGAAGAAUGGCGGCAGUGAUAGUGGUGCUGUCAAAGAUGUGGAAGGAAAAGGAGCAGAUGUUGUUGAAGAGCCACAAAAAGACGGAGACAGCAAUUGA